AAACAAAACAAGAAAUAAAAAGGUAAAUAAAACAAAGCGAUCCAGUACAGGAGAAAGGACUCAAAUCGGUGUACGUGAAGUUUUAAUCGAAUAUUCGCCCCAUUUUAUUAUUAUUUCGUGAUUGAUUAAAGACUUUAUCGGAUGGAAACGGACGCAAGCGAUGGGAGAAGGAAGCUUCCAGCGUACUACUAUCUGCAGCCUUCCAAGAAUGGCGACGAAGAGGCGGAAGAGGAGCUGUACGACUCGAAUGGCACGCACAUUACAUCCGACUACCUGAACGAUGUUGUGGCCGAAUCCAUGUCCGACAAGUACACAGUCCUGCAGGACACUUCCGACACCCCCCAGUACAAGUGUAACGAGUGUGAGAAGAUCCUGCCCAACACUGGCCACCUGAUAGCGCACAUUGUAGUGCACACGGGUGAAAACCCGUACCUGUGCAGCCUCUGUCAGCGAUCGUUUGCAAACUCCACCCGUCUUAAGCUGCAUCUGAAAACGCAUUGCAUUAAAAAACUUCACCCAGGAUUAACGGUAACGCGGAUUACGAAGAAUGCUCCACCGACUACCCCCGUUCCAAGUACGAGCAUGGAAGAAAAUAUGGAUCGAACUUCGCCCACCCACAAAACGGCCACCUUUCGUUGCAUUGAGUGUGAUCAAACACUGCCCAAGGACAUACUGUAUCGGCACAUGAAGCAGCACCUGCAGGAGAAGAACAUUUUCGCACAAAAGCCGCACAAAUGUGGCCUUUGCGGGGAGGCGUUUGCCAAAAGUUCGACACUACAGCAACACCAGGAAGCGUGCCAGGCGUCCUCGAUAAAGGUAACGUCGGAGGUGGAUUUGGUGCCGAUCGGCAAGCAAGACGCGGGCGAUACCUUUAAGAAACAAAUCGCUUCCAACCCUAUCCUGUCGGGAUUGUUGAUGAAGGAAUCACUAGAACCUCCGGUUUCUGUUACUACCAUAGAGGUGGAUCACCAGGAAGAAUCUCCCGCCGAUGGUGCACAGAGCUGUCUGCAAGAUGACGCCGCCGUAGAGCUGGAAAAAGAAAUCCAGGAGAGCGAACAGCCGGCCAACGACGACGAUAGCGUAAUUCAGAAUAGCUCCGCCGGGGUCGGUUUCGUCAUCAGCUCGGUAGCUACCGUAGAUCAGCAAUUUCUCGAAAAUCUCGCACAAAUGGAACUGCAGGCCCGCUCACCGGAACUGGAAGAGAUGCCGGAAGACGAUUCGGAGUCGCUAGCAGCAGCAGCAGCACCAUCUACCGCCGGUGGCGUACAGCCCGCUUACAACAAUUUGGUCACAUCGACCACCUGCGGGUUGUGCGGUAAAUCGUUCGGUGAAAAGUUUGGCCUCCGGCAGCAUAUGCGCAUCAUGCACGCCGAUACGAAACCGUUCAAAUGUCCCGAGUGCCGGAAGCGAUUCACGCAAGAAAACGCGCUCCUCAUCCAUCUACGCGUGCACGUAAGCAACCGACCGUUUAUGUGCAUCAUUUGCUACAAAACGUUUACCCGCGCAACGGCACUGAACGGCCAUUUGUCGUCCCAUUCGCAUGUGGCGCUGAAAUGUUUCUCCUGCGAAGCGACCCUGCCGAGCGUGCAGAAGUAUGCACAGCACAUCGAGGUCAACCAUCCACAGUUUCCGGAGAUUUUGUACCGCAUCAGGGCGGAAAAGCCGGAGCACGAGAGGACGAAGUUGUUGCGGCGGCUGUUACUGCAACAUCGGCCCUCAACAGCGACGGACGGAAGCUUAAUUGCGGGUGGGUUGGGAGAGAUGAACUGAAUGAGAAUAAAUAAUUUAUUGGACACGCACAAGG